AUGAUGAAAACUACUCAAAAGGCACAUGAUCUCAUAGAUAUGGUGGUCAACAAUGAAUACUUAUACUCUUCUGAAAGGCAAGCAGCUCCAAAGAGAGGUGUAUUUGAGCUUGAAAGAGUCGAUACAAUCUUGGCUCAAAACAAGAUCAUGCACCAACAACUUCAACAACAGAUUGAAAUGAUGUCAAAGAGGAUGGAUGGGCUACAACUUGCAGCAGUAAGUACCAUAAAUCAACCACCAGUGGUGUGGGGACAACAAGAAGAGAGCUAUGAGGAGCAGCAGCCUGAACAAGUGCAAUACAUGCACAAUCAAGGAGCCGCACCAAAUUUCCAUAGAGACACCUACAACUCAUCUUGGAGGAACCACCCCAAUUUGAGGUGGGGAGAGAACCAAAACCAACAACUUUGGCAGAGAAACUCAAACCAAAAUAACUCCAGAAACACAAACCAUCAAACCCAUCAAAACACUAACCAAAAUCUAUACAGAAAACCACAAAAUAAUCACCCUGCAUCUAACUUCUAUCCACCCAAUAACCCAUCAGCUAACCAAAAUAACUUUCAUUCACCUUCAACAUCCCACACCCAAUCACAACCACCCCAAGAAUCUCAAAGAAUCUCCAAUUUGGAGAUAAUGAUGGAGAAAAUGAUCAAGCACCAAGAACUAGCCAACAAGAACCAUGAAGGUUCACUGAGAAAUUUGGAGAGACAGAUUGGUCAGUUAUCCAAGCAAAUAGUGGCUGAAAGACCAACCAAUGCACUACCAAGUGAUACCAUUCCCAACCCCAAGGAAGAGUGUAAAGCAAUUCAACUUAGGAGUGGAAAAGCAGUGGAAAAUGACAAAGGUGCUGGCCAGAAGCAAGUAGAUGAGGACAAGCAUGAUAAGGAGAGUUCUAAGAAGAAAGAAGAUGAACCACAAGCUUCAAAGAAAGGGAAGCAAGUCAUGGAAGAGGAUACACAAGAAAAGAGAAAGGAGGCGAAGCCUUACAUCCCUCCUCUGCCAUAUCCCCAGAGGCUACACAAAGAGCUCAAGGAUCAAUAA